AUGCACAUCCUGACUCACAAGGCCAGUCAUAAAUGCAACAUGUGUGGAAAAGUCUUUUCACGGUUAUGGCUACUCCAGGGUCACCUCCGUUCUCAUACCGGUCAACGCCCAUUCGGAUGCGCUCACUGUGGAAAGAACUUUGCCGAUCGGAGUAACCUCAGAGCACACAUUUUGACGCAUACUGGUUAG